CAAGUAUUUCCUGCAAAACCCUAUUGUAAACAACCAAAACACACUUAUUUUCCAUCCAGUACAGAAUAAUACUUUUAUGAUAUCAAAACAUUCUCACAUGCCCCGACAAGAAAUGUACCAAUUGCAAAACAAAAACCUGGUCGAAAACAACUGGCAGCUCGUCAGACUACAAAUAAUGUGCAACCACAAAAAAUCUUUGUGCCUAAUAUGAAUACAAUGCAGGACAAGCAACAUGUAUUAUUGCAAGCAAAGUUAAUCAAAUCGGAACAACAUAUAAACAAGACUGUUAUGUAUACUACUACACCAAUUGCUGUAAUCGAUGAUAAAUUGGCUAUCAAAGAUUUGUCCCAUAAAGAACCAAAAGUGAAAGAAGUCAAACGCAGUGCCCACAAUGCUAUAGAACGCAGAUACCGGACAAGUAUCAAUGAUAAAAUUAUUGAACUGAAAAAUAUGAUUGUUGGGGUUGAUGCUAAGUUAAACAAAUCAGGCAUCCUCCGCAAAACAAUAGAAUACAUUCGCUUUCUACAAAAUUCGAAUGCAAAAUUAAAACAAGAAAACAUGGCACUGAAAAUGGCAUCAAGAAAACAAACACUAAAAGACUUGUUAGCAACUGGUGUCAACGAUGACUCCUUCAAAGAUUCAUCCUGCAUCCUAACACCGCCAAGCAGUGACGUAUCAUCACCAUCGUUGUCUCCAACACAGUCUGAUAAUUCCUUACCGUCGUCUCCUGAAUUUUCACACAUGAAAGACGACAUGAACGACGAUUGUAUGUCGCCCGUUCGUGGAAUGUUGGAUCAGUCUCGUAUGGCACUUUGCGCAUUCAUGUUUUUAUUUGUAGCCUUUAAUCCUUUCGGUACGAUGUUGACAGGAUUUAAUGGCAAUGAUGAUAUGAAUAAUGUUAAAACACAGACUGGACGUGGUUUACUUGGAUAUGGUGAAGGUUCUGAAGCCUGGUACUUUAGUCCUGCUAUUUUUCUCUGGUUGUUUAAUUCUGUAAUAAUGGCUCUUGGAUUGAUCAAAGUUUUGGCGUACGGGGAUCCGAUUUUGCCGGCGAAAUCUAAAGAAUCUUCGACGUUUUGGAGACACAAAAAGCAGGCCGAAUUUGAUCUAUCAAAGGGUGAUAUUUCGCUAUCGUCUCAAGAACUAAAAAGAUGUCUACAGGCUUACGGGUGUUCUUUACCAGCAUCCAGAAUGGAAUAUUCGGCAGCAAUAACAUGGCAAUUAUUCAGACUGAUGUUGCACAGAUUGUGGAUCGGAAGAUUUAUUUCUAGACGAGCCGGCGGUCUUUUCGCUGAUGGUCAAUCUCGUGCCAUGGCGUUAUCAUCUGUAAAAGAACUAGCUCUGGUGUAUCAUCGUUUGAACCAAUUGGACUUGGCAAGUGGAUCGUCUAGUGGAGGCCUUUUAUUAUCUUUGGCCGCCGUUAAUUUGGGCGAAGCCGCUUAUAAUCAUAUGCCGGCUGAGGAAAUGGCUGAAAUAUACAUCACGGCUGCUUUGAGGGUGAAGUUAUCGUAUCCUAGCUUGCUACAAGUCUUGUGCAGGUAUUAUCUAAGUGCAGCUAAGCAUGCUCUAAGCUUGCGUUGUGUACAAGCCCCGGCAAGACUCCAAUGGAUUUUUACACCCUUUGGACACAAAUUCUUUUUGAACGAGAACUGGAAAUACGGGCAAGAGGCAAAGGAAUCGAUGUUCAGCAAUUUGGGAAACAAGGCGGAUCCGUUGGCGUACGUUAUGAAGGUGUACAGAGAAAAACUACUAGAAAAAGCCUUGCACGCAAUUGUAACUCCUGAUAGUCAACAUUCGGAGUCUUCCAACAAUUCCCAAUCAUCUAUUACCAAUGCUCUGAUGUACGUUGAAUGGUUGCAGGACAACGUUUCGACGGAGUUGACUGUUGCAAGAACUGCAUCGGUCACCAACGAAGUCUGUUGUGAAGAUGAAAAGGCGCAUUGGUGGUCGUGCAUAACAGGAAUUGCUGCCAAGUGGUUUUCCGGGCUGAAAAACUUACCAGCGUCGUUAUCGGCUAAAGACGAUCCUUUGCCGAGGGCCGUUCUGGCUUCUCUUAAGGCGCGGAAAAUGUUUCUGGAGAAGAAAAAAGUUAAUCUAUCACAUUUCGUUGCUGGUGAUAUCUGGGACAUGCUGAAUAUUUCAGGAAAUUUACUAGAAGACUCGUUGAAUUACACAGCAGUGCAGGAUCCUAGCAAUAUAACUCUGUACGUGCAGCUUUUGUGUUGCGAUUGGAUCCUGGAGACAAGUUACGGUUUGUGGGAAGUCGAAAUUGACACCAAGUCUGGUCUAAAUGUGAAACCAGUUGCUCCAAAUAUUCUAACAAAUUUCCAACGAGAUUUGUCGUCUUUGAGAAGACUUACUGAACGCCUACCGACUGCUUUACCGAGAGUUUUUCUGUACGAAGCAGUUUGCAGACUGAUGGCUGGUGCAGCUCCUGGACCGACCCAAAUUUUACUCGAUAGAAGUUUGAGGCAUAGGAAUUCCAAACCGAGUGCAAUUUGUGGAAAAGAAAAAUCUAGUAAUUCCGAAGGUGGUGAAAGGGAACGUGCAGCAGCCCUUUAUGUAGCCUGUCGACAUUUACCAGCCCAAUUAUUAUCGACACCAGGAGAACGUGCUGGUAUGCUUACAGAGGCUGUUAAAACAUUAGAAAGGAUUGGUGAUCAGAAAAGACUAUACGAUUGUUAUCAGUUGAUGAAAUCGAUGGGGACAGGUUCCAUAACGAAUUAAAAAUACAAACGACAGAUGGUAAGAUUAUCAUAAUUUUAAUAGAUGUUUUAGUAUACUUCAUCAUAAGGAAAAUAAUUUAAUACGUGAAAUAUAAUUUUAUGUAACCUAUUGGUAAAUUAUAUUUUUUUCCUUGCAAUAUUUUAAUGUCCAAUUUUAGUUGAUAAUAUAUAAGUAUUUAGUUUAUUUUUACGAAUGUAUCAUUGAAGGUAUAA